AUGCGACUGCGACUCCCAAAAGAUUUAGUGUUAUGCUCGAUGCUUCUCAACAAAAUGGAUCGAGUCGGGUACAAUGGAAAAAAUCGACUAACUGAGAAAGGAGGAAGAAAGGGAGAAGGGUUUCCAAUUAUACCCUUGCCCUACCAAAGGAAGAAAUCAGCGACUCCAUCGUUUCUUCUCCUACUUCAACGCCAAUUUUUUUCUCCCGCAACAACCAAUCGUCGACGACCCUCUACUCAUUUGUUCCAAUUUUUGAAGUCUCCUUCCCCUUCUCAUCAGGUACGCUUCUUCCUUUUUCCUCUUCUCAUCAGACUUGUGCUCAAUUUCAAGGAGGGAGACAAGGACUCCAUUAGAGGUGAAGACGAUGGGAAUGAUUCAGAAUUUUCAAAUUAUUCUGACGAUAACCCUCAACAUCAAAGAAAACCUAGUUCCUUAAACCCAUUGUGGCCUCAAAGUUACAGGGAAUUUGAGAUUUUGCCAAAUCAGCGCUCUGAUCAUCUCUCCCUUUCUCCGAAUCUAUCCCUAUCUUCUUCUCUAAUCCAAUUCCCGAAAUGGAGUUCGAAUCCAACAAUAUUUCUGAAGACAACAAUUGCGGAAGCAGCGGAGAAGAUCGAUGUCGACAACCUGGCUAGUUUUCUGUUGGAGGUGACGACUUUAAUCGAGGCACAACAAGAUAUACAGUUGAUGAGGUUUGCCGACUAUUUUGGACGUGCAUUUUCUAGCGUGACUGCUUCACAAUUUCCCUGGGUGAAGUUAUUGAGAGAAUCUCCUGUUGCUAAGGUUGCAAAUCUUUUUGGGUGUGCAUAUCUUGGACCAUUUGGGCAUUUCUACCACUUAUUGUUGGAUAAGUUGUUCAAGGGCAAAAAAGACACGACAACAGUUGCCAAAAAGGUGUUGCUUGAACAAGUGACAUCUUCUCCAUGGAACAACUUGAUUUUUAUGCUUUACUAUGGGCUUGUUAUCGAGGGAAGAUCAUGGAUCCAAGUGAAAUCUAAAAUCAAGAAGGAAUACCCCACAGUACAAUACGCAGCUGCCAUGGCUUUGCCACCUUUAUCUAUUCGAGGUGAUUUGGGAGUUGUUUCUACUGCUGGAGUUAGAUAUGCAUAUCCACUCCUAAAAUCAUUUGCAAAAAUGGGACCUCAAGGUGUUCUUGGUGCCACAAAGCUUUUACGCCCUUUUUCAGAAAUAGUUGAUUCAUUGGGACUCAAAGAUCCUUUCAUUAGAAAUUGGGUGGAUCUUUUGUCUUUCUUACUUGCUGGAGUGAAAUCCGAUGGUGUUCUUUCAGCAGAAAUGAUUUAUAUGUUUGCAGAAUGGUAUAAACCAGGUUGUAGUUUAGAAUACCCUGUUGGUGGAACUGGAGCACUUGUUGAGGCUCUUGUUCUCAGAUUUUCCUUCUGA